GGGGAGGAAGGGAAAGAGGGCAGGGCGAGGCUGAGCUGGGGCUGUCGGAGAAGCUGGGGCGAGGCUCGACUGGAAGAACCACCGCGAGUAUCUGCUGGAAAGAAAGAAAGAGACAGAGAUCGAGAGAGAAGCACCUGUUCAAACUCCGCCGAGCAGCAAAACCGCCGCCGCCGCCGCCGCCACUUUCCCCGGCUCCAGCGCACCUUCCUCGCCUUCUCCACCACUUCAUCCUCCGCCUCGCCCGCCCGCUCGCUCGCCCGGCGCGAUGCCGGUCAAAGGAGGCACCAAGUGUAUCAAAUACCUGCUCUUCGGCUUCAAUUUCAUUUUCUGGCUUGCUGGCACAGCUGUCCUCGGCAUUGGACUAUGGCUUCGCUUUGAUUCACAGAACAAAGACAUCUUCGAAUCAAAUGAAAGUACUUCGAAUUUCUACACAGUUUUUCACCUUCCUUCUCGUCAUUUUUGCUCUUGAAGUGGCUGCUGCCAUCUGGGGAUUUUCAAACAAAGAAAAGCUCCCUAAAGAAAUGCAGAGUUUCUAUGACACCUUAUUUGAGAAAAGGAAAGACACAAAAAUAAAAGGCAGUCUGAGGGCCUUCCAUACCGCGUUGAAUUGCUGUGGUCCGUCUGGUGUUCCCGAGCCUGAUUAUCAGGAUACCUGUCCUGAAAACCCCAAGCCGUGCCCUGUAGCUAUUGAUGACUUCUUCAAAAACAAGUUGAAUCUGAUUGCAGCUGUUGGCAUUGGAGUUGCUGUGGUGAUGAUUUUUGGCAUGAUCUUCAGCAUGAUUCUUUGUUGUGCUAUCAGAAGAGACCGAGAGAUGGUCUGAAGCCAUUUUAGAAAGUCUCCUCCCUUCGUACAAAGAAUCUCCAGUUAUUAACUUUGCAUUUUGAAUAGCAUUUCUAAAAGUAUAUAUUUCGUUUUUAAAUGCUUUAUUUAGUUUGGAUGUUCUUAAUUUUUUUUUCCUCUGUAAGUUUUUAAAUCUUAUUAAAAGGAAUCUACUCUUGGAAAGAUACUAUAUUUGUAAAGCUAAAGCCCUACCCACUUGUAUAUAAAGUUUUUGUCUCUAAAUUGACCGUCUUGCUUUAAGCUUAAAACUGGGAUGUAAUUUAAGUUGGAGAAAUUUUCAUACUUAAUAAAGAUUUAAGAU